GGGGGUGGGUUCGUUCGUGGUUUACUUAUUGCCAUCAGAUGGCGCUUAAGAGGCUCGACGGUCCCACCGAGAGUUGAAUGGGAUCCCAGCGUGAUCUGGCACACAGGCGGGAAGGGAGCACAACACAAGUCCUGGACGAGGUUUGAGCCAAAAGCUCUCUGCCGCCCGACUUUCAUCGACAUUCCUUCGUCUGCCCGGCCUGCAGCACCGAGCCAACCGAUUCGCGGUGCGUAAUUACGCAUCGGGACGACACAUCGGCGGUGAUUUUCGGCGUGGAACCCCGCGGACAAAGAAAGGCAGGCAGCCUGUAGUAUAAGCUACUUGAGAAGAGAGGAGUACACUUGGAGGGGAAAAAAGGGAAGUCUGGAGUCGGAAGUGAUUUGUCCGUUUUUUUCGGAGAUGUAAGUUGCGGCUAGGAUUUCGGGGGGGUGGGGGGGAAAGCGAAUCGGUUUGGAAAUCAAAGAGAAAAAGACAAAGUGGUGGUGAGUGGAAUCAGUCCUAAAAAAGCAUCCAGAUCCUCGGAGCAUGGGAGGAGUUUCCUGUCAGCUGUAAAAUGUUCCCGGUACAUCGAGAGAGGGAGCAGCCCAUCUUCAGCGCCAGAGCUCAUGUCUUUCAGAUCGAUCCGGCAACGAAACGCAACUGGCUGCCGGCCAGCAAACACGCUGUCACAGUGUCCUUUUUCUACGAUGCCAGCCGCAGCGUCUACCGCAUCAUCAGCGUCGGUGGGACGAAGGCCAUCAUCAACAGCACCAUCACCCCCAACAUGACCUUCACCAAAACAUCCCAGAAGUUUGGCCAGUGGGCCGACAGUCGGGCCAACACAGUUUAUGGCCUGGGCUUUUCCACAGAGCAGCAGCUGCAGCAGUUUGCAGAGCAGUUCAAGGAGGUGAAGGAGGCGGCCCGUCUGGCCAGAGAGAAAUCUCAGGAGAGGUUUGAACUGGCCAACCCUGCACUUGACAUUGCAGCUCCAGAGCUCUCUCAGGAGCUGUCAGAAGAGCGUCAUUCUCCCCCGCUGCUCACAGUCAACGGGCCAGUUGAGGAAAAGCUGUUUCGCAGCAAGAGUGCUGAAGUGGAGCUGACUGCGGAGAAGGAAAGGGUCAAAAAGAUGCUCUCUGAAGGGUCCAUGUGUGAGAUAAACCUGGAGGCCGAGCUCUUCACCCUGCAGGAUAGUAACUCUAAGCUGGUAGAAGCGCUGCAAGAAGCCAACAGCAGCGUGGAUCAGUGGAAGAAACAGCUAGCUGAAUACCAGGAGGAGACCGAUCGCCUCAGAGACCAGGUGACGGAGCUUGAGGCACAGCUGGGGCAUCCUGCUGCUGGUCGGACCGAGGAGCUGGGUCGAUCAUUGGAGGAGCUGGAAGCCCUGCUGAGUGCCAAAGAUCAGGAAAUUCACAAUCUACAGAGCAAGAAAACCGAUGUGCGAGCGCUGGAGAAGGAAAGGGAGGAGGCCAUGCAGAGACUGCAGGAUCUGGAGAAACAAAACGCUGACUUGGAGGAACGGGUGCAGAGUGCUGAGAAGACGCUGGAGUCGAGCCGGGAGGAGCAGAGCCAUUCGGAGGUCGAGGUCCGACGGGUCAUCGACGUCCUCGAUGUAAAAAUCUGCGAUCUGAGCGACUUGAGACAGAGCCUUGCAAAGCUCAUCGACAAAUAGCCACAGGUGCAGUUGGGCUGCAUCUCCACAGUCGGCACAGGUUCCACCAUGUGGCCUUGGUUUUGUGUCUUACUGGUUCAACUGUAGGUGUUGCGAACCUCGCUACGGUGUUAUCCGCAGAAUAAAAAGUCUCAUUGACGCUGUAGACCUGCUAUGUUCAUCAAAAACUCGGGAUAGUGUAAUCUGACUGGUUCCUACUUGUUUUUCCAUAGUCCCAUCAGCAUAAUGUCCUUCAGGCCCUUAAGAUGAUGAUGAUGAUAUUUACAGCAGUUUUUUUACUCGCCAUCAUUAAACACUCUAAAAAGCUUUUGAUCAAUAUGCUCUGCAAGAGCGUCCUCUUUCUUUUUGAGGCCAUAACAAUCCAGUGUUUUUUGUCAAAAUGUUACUAAGCUGAUGUUUUUUCUUUAAUGGACUAAAUUGUUUAUGAUAGUGUUACUGUUGUCUCAAGUAUUGAACGAAGGAUUAGUGAGUAUUAAAUAAUACUCAAAAGCGCCUUUUUAAAAGAGCAAUCACUGAGUUUAGGUUUGCUAUUUUGCAAAAGUAGUCAUUUCAACGGGUAUAACAGCCUUUUCUACUUAUCGGUGUGUUUCGUGUAAUGACUCCUUAUUUUAUUGAAUGUGUUUCUCAUACUGAAUUAAGAAGGAAGACUUAAAACAGAAAGGACUCAAAAGAAAAUGGCCAAUAGUGUUCCUGCAGAGCCUGAGUUCUACUAAUCAACCAUGGCUGAGCUCAGACCAUUAAACUGCACUCCUCUCACGGCAGGAACAGUUUCUGGAUUUCAGAUGGUUGUAAAAUAAAGCUUUACAGACACUAAAAUCAAGAUAUUUGAUAUAUAUAUACAUAUAUUUUUGCCAUUACACUAGCUAUACCUGUAAAAUGUCUGCUUUUGCACAAUAACAACCCUGAG